CUCUCUCUCUCACCAAUAAUUCUCUCUCUAUUGUCAGAGCCGACGACUCCUCUGUACAGAGUCUGUCUAUUUAAACCCCCUGUAUGGUCGCUCUCUCCUUUACCUGUAUCGUCACCUCUCUCUCUCGAUCGAAACCCUAGAAUUUCACCUUCAACAAUUCCAAGCCUACCCUAUAAACCAAAACCAAACCCAAACCCCCCCCCCCCCCCCCCCUCACAACCACAAUUCAUUCGAAUCAAAUCCAGAUUUACCCAAUUCGUCUCAAUCUCCCAUCCAAACCCUAGAUCCGAUCAAAUUUCCAAUUUUUUCUUGACAAUUCAAUUACACCCGUCAUCUCCAUUUCUUUCUUGAUAAUUCAAUUUCCCAUCCAAACCCUAGGUCCGUAUAAUUCAUCGAUCGUGCAUGGGCAUGGGGAGGGUUUACAGAGAAACCACGAAACCCUCGUCCUCCUCCUCGUCACCGUCGCCGCCUCCACUCACAUGUUCCACGGCGAUAACCCAGACCGUAAACGGGUCGCACCAGUUCAAGAUAACCGGGUACUCGCUCGCGAAGGGGAUAGGGGUGGGGAAGUACAUAGCGUCGGACACGUUCGACGUGGGCGGGUACUCGUGGGCGGUCUACUUCUACCCGGACGGGAAGAGCGUGGAAGACAAUGCGGGUUACGUGUCGCUGUUUAUUGCCUUGGCCAGCGAAGGGACGGAUGUGAGGGCGCUCUUUGAACUGACCCUUUUGGAUCAGAGCGGGAAGGAGAGGCACAAGGUUCAUACCCAUUUUGGGAGGGCGUUGGAGAGCGGGCCGUACGCGCUCAAGUAUCGCGGAAGCAUGUGGGGUUAUAAGAGGUUUUUCAGAAGAAGUCUUCUGGAGACAUCCGACUACCUUAAAGAUGAUUGCCUUUCAGUUAAAUGCAUUGUUGGUGUUGUUAAGUCGCACACAGAAGGCCCUAAGAUCUACUCUAUUCCAGUACCCCCAUCUGACAUUGGGCAGCAUUUUGGACAGCUACUGGAAAGUGGUAAGGGGACGGAUGUAAACUUUGAAGUUAGUGGAGAAACAUUUGCUGCCCACAAAUUGGUACUUGCAGCUCGCUCGCCUGUUUUCAGGGCUCAACUUUUUGGGCCUAUGAAGGAUCAAAAUGCACAGUGCAUCAAAGUAGAAGACAUGGAGCCUCCAGUUUUUAAGGCUUUACUUCAUUUUAUUUACUGGGAUGCAUUGCCGGACAUGGCAGAACUUACUGGUUUGAACACGAAAUGGGCGUCUGCUUUGAUGUCCCAGCAUCUGCUUGCUGCUUCUGAUCGCUAUUGUUUAGACAGGCUCAGGUUAAUCUGUGAGGCUAGGCUUUGUGAAGAUGUUGCCAUAAACACUGUGGCAACCACACUAGCCCUUGCGGAACAACAUCACUGUUUCCAAUUGAAAUCUGUGUGUCUUAAAUUUGUUGCGAUGCCUGAAAAUCUCAGAGCCGUGAUGCAGACAGAUGGUUUUGAAUACUUAAAGGAGAGUUGCCCCUCUGUCCUGACUGAACUCUUGGAGUUUGUGGCUAGAAUCAACGAGCACUCUCUCAUGGCCAGCAAGCACGGGAAUGAGGUUCUCCUUGAUGGAAGUGAUGUUCAUGGUAGACGCGUUAAGCAAAGACUCUGAAAUUUGGUUUGUACCGUUGGAUUGACCAAAAGUGGGGAAAAGGAAAAAGAAAUAAGGUAGCAGAAAGCUCUCUCUAGGGUUAGAAACACUUGGCCAGCUUUUGGCUUUAACAAAUUGCUAGAGAUGUAAAUGUAGCGUUCACUUGGUGUACUAGGCUAUCUUGUAAUUCAUUGUAGUUCUCUCUCUCUCUCUCUCUCUCUCUCUCCCCUGUAGUAUUUGUGGCUUCCAAUUGCAAGAUUGUUCAUCUC